CUCAAAGCAACCCUUCUCUCUCUCUCUCUCUCUCUUAAUCCGUGCGGGCGAGCGCGAGUUUGUUUGUUCGUUCAUCUCUCUCUCUCUCUCUCUCUCUCUCUCUCUCUGCAAAUGGCGCUACUCAGGAGGCAGCACCGCUGGUUCUAGAGAGAGAAAGAGUGUGGACUUUUGAGUGUGAAUUUCUCUCUCUAUAUCACUCCUCUGUAAGCGUGAAGAGGGGAGAGGCGCAGGGGGGCGUGGUGUUGUGGAGAUCGCGGGCAUUUAAUGGUGGACAGCCCCUCGUGAAUCCCUUCUCUUCGCAUCCCGUCCUCCGCCGUUAACGGUCACUUCUCCCUCUCUCUCUCUCUCUCUCUCUCUCGCCGCAUAUAUAGCAGCUCGUACUAUACUCAAUACAAUACUCUCCCUCCCUCAUUCACUCGUGUGCCGCCUUCAAUCUCCAUUUCUUGACCCUCUGUCUCUCCGUGCCCGCCUGCGCGUUGAAAAGGAACCGAGACCGAUCCGUACGAUCCCCGGCCUUUGUUUAAUCCCUCCAUUCGGCGGCAAUUCCGGGACGAAUCGAAAGAUGUUGACUUGCAUAGCCUGUUCGAAGCAGCCGCAGCUCAACGGCCGCGGAUCUCAUUCCCUCCCCCAGCAGCAGGACGACGACGCCUCCGAUGCCGUCGGCACGCCCAGCACCAAGCAGGCCAUUAAGGCUCUCACCGCCCAGAUUAAGGACAUGGCUUUGAAGGCUUCGGGAGCAUACAAGAAUUGCAAGCCAUGUUCGGGAUCGAACCAGAACCACAAUCAGAACUACGCCGACUCCGAAACCGCCUCUGAUUCGGCAAGGCUCCACGGUCAAUACCGCAGGGCGGGCAGCUCGAACUCGACCCCUAGGUUGUGGGGUAAAGAAAUGGAGUCGAGGCUCAAGGGGCUUUCGAGUGGCGAGACCACCCCUGCGUCCGUGAGCGGGCGUACUGAGUCGGUGGUGUUUAUGGAGGAAGAUGAGCCCAAGGAGUGGGUCGCACAAGUGGAGCCCGGUGUCCUCAUCACUUUCGUUUCAUUACCUGAGGGAGGGAAUGAACUCAAGCGGAUUCGAUUCAGCCGUGAAAUGUUUAACAAGUGGCAAGCUCAGAGAUGGUGGGCUGAGAACUGUGACAAAGUCAUGGAACUAUAUAAUGUUCAACAUUUCAACCGUGAUGCAGUGCCACUUCCAACACCUCCAAGGCCCCAAGAUGAGGGCUCCAGGAAUGAAUCUGCAAAGGAGAGCCCUGUGACUCCACAACUGAGUAAAGAAUGCCAUCCUCGUAAUCAUCACCACUCAAUGGGGAUGGGCUACUCGUCCUCAGAUUCACUUGAUCAUCACCGGUCAAUGCAAUCUCGUCAUUGCUACGACUCGGCUGCUCUUGCUUCAACUCCUAAGCUCUCCACCAUCAGUGGGGUAAAAGCAGAGACAUCAUCUGUGGACGGUUCUAUUUCAUCUAGAGAGGCAGAUCACUCUGGAGAGCUUUCUGUCAGCAAUGCCAGUGAUGUGGAGACUGAAUGGGUUGAACAGGAUGAGCCAGGAGUUUAUAUUACUAUCAGAACUUUGCCAGGUGGCACCAAAGAGCUUAGACGAGUUCGUUUCAGUCGGGAAUUGUUUGGGGAAGCGCAUGCUAGAUUAUGGUGGGAACAGAACCGAGCAAGGAUACAAGAACAGUACUUGUGAGUUCACAGGAGUACCGGAUGCGUGCUACUGGGAAAUCGAUUUGCUUUCUAGAGUCUGUUUAUACGUCUAGCUUCCCGGAAUAUAUACUCAUCAGUAUAGCUUUCACCAUAUUCAACUUUUUCCUCCUAUCUAGUUUGUUGUUACAUAUGUCCGCGCCUUCUGGAUAUGUAUGUUUUUUGUCUUCCUUUCUGUGUUUUCGAGUAUAGAUGUUUUGAGGUUCGACGUCCGGGAGAUAGGCGAGAGGUUUUGGGGAUUGAAGAAGAUUAUUGGGAAUGUUGAUUUGAUUACUGAUAUCAAAUACUAAAAUAAACUUCAUUCACGAUGAUGAUGAUUUCACUUCUGGCCUCA